CGGCAUGACUCGGAAUAUAAAUAUAUUUUCGAAAUUAAACGUUGUUUUUGCAAAAGGCGUAUAAAAUUCAUUAUUUAUCUCGGUAAAAAGCUGUCAAAUAAUGCUUAAACAUAAAAAAAUUCCAUUUUUGGAAAAUAUUUCACGGAUCGAUAGCGGGAUUUCCCAUCGAAUGACGUCAUACAUGGAAUUCCUUAUGAAAGUGAAAACAUGAAAUAUCGAGACGAGCGAGGAAGAUACCGCAAAUUUGGUGAGAAAAAGAGGAGAAAUGAAGUAUCCAAGCGAAUAAUUAUUGAGCAUAAUUACACAAAUACUGGGUUAUGUAACGGUAGUGACUGCACAGCUACAAAUUGCAGCAACUUUCACUUUGAACUUGGCGCUAGUGUUAGCCGUGAUGGGUGGAGGGAAGGCAAUCGUUUGAUUGAACUUGACAUUUUGUUGAACAAUUUAAAGUACUGUCGCUCUUGUAAGUUAGGACCUGUGCCGUUGACAGCUUAUAACGUGGUUGGUGAGUUGCAAAAGGGGCUUGGUGGAUAUUUAUAUGUGGUUUGCCAGAAUCCUGACUGCAACUUCGUCAACAGAGUGGCAUAUGGCAAAGUACACCGGAUGAAAACAAAUGGAAUGCCAUGUUUUGAUGUCAAUACUAAACUUGGUACAGAAUUUGGCCAUUCCUCCAGUGUUGAUAUUGAGAAACUUCCAGAUGCUGUCCCGCGUGGCAAUUUCAAACCCGUGAAAGUUGAAAGUGGACAACCUACAAUCAUAGCCAUAGACCUGGAAACUACAGACCUGAUACGUGGUUCUGUUAUGCCGCACAUCACACAGCUGGCAGCAGUGGAGGUAAAGUCUGGUGCCCAGUUUGCAGUUUACACAAAACCAAAGAUGGCAGUUACAUCUGAAGCCCAAAGGGUAACUGGAAUAUGUGUUGAUGACAACGGCGAUAUAGUUGUGAAUGGAAAUCUGGUAGAGUCUAUUCAUAUUCAGUCUGCUAUUGAGAAACUGUGCAGGUGGCUUGACCAGUUUUCCAAUGUGUUUCUCAUUGCUCAUAACGGAAGGAGAUUUGACUUUCCAAUUCUCAUGACAGCUGUACUGAAAACCAAAACCACAUAUGUCUUUUUCAAAUCAGUAUUUGGCUUUGUCGAUAGUUUGUCUGUGUUUAGAAAGAAGUACCCUGGAGAGUCAUUAAAACAGGAAGACCUUGCACGACAACAUCUUGGUAUGACAUACAAUGCCCACAAUGCAGAGGCUGAUGUUGAGGCUCUUGAACAUCUUCUAGAACUAUGUGAAGUGUCUGAUCUCCUAAACUUCAGUUUUUCUCCUGUGGCUGUGAAAAAUUCUUUACUGUUCAAUUGUGAAAAAUCGAAAAAUCUGCGCUCCUUUGAUCCAUUAAUAAGCAAGGGGAUAUGCAAACGUCCUACAGCAGAAAACAUUGCUGGCUCUGGUUUGAAUGUUGAACAUCUGAAAGUUAUAUUUAGGCGAUCAGGUGAAGAUGGACUUAGAGAUACAUUUACAGCUGUAAACUGCGAUGGCUUACCGAGAGUAACAAACUCAAAAAAAGUUCUGGAGGAAACUGUUCCCAAGUUUUGUCAGUAUUUUUCAUCAAAUGUACCUUCAUAGACAUAGGUACUUGUAUGAAUAAUCUAUGAUUCAGAAAGUACAUUAAUUGAAUCAUCAUUGAUGACAUGCUGAUUAGUAUAUUUGUGAAGUAUUUGCAUUUUGAUUAUGAUUUUUACUUGGUGUAUAAAAAGCAAUAUUUAGUCUUUUAUGGAAAACAAAUAUAUGCUGCCAAAUAUGUAAUUUUCUUGCAUACAAGACCAAGAUUUCCGGUAUUUUUGCUGGUGAUAGAAAUUCUAUCCUGCACCUCUGGGUGUCAGACGACUGUUGUGCUAUGAUUGAUGUAUAUUUCUCAAUUCAAGAAACACUAUUUUAUCAAAACAUACAGAAAGUUAGGCAGAAACUGAUAAAAUAAAAGUGGAACUAGAUCUUGUUACUUGUCUUCGAAAUGUUGUGAUGUCUUUCCUGUUUAUGGAUGUUGGUUUCACUUACUUUGUAUGAAUACACUACUAUACAGAACUAGCUACUAUACAGAACUAGUUCUAAAAAGAAAGUUAUUUGAUUCAUUUUUUUUAUUAUUAUUAUUUGAAUAUGGUAUGCAAGAAAAAGAUUCUAUCACUGGUUGUCGAUGUUGAUAGGAAUAUCCGGCUCUCGGUUAACUGUAUAUGUGUUAACUCGGCAGAGCCUCGUUACCCCCUAAACAGGUAACCAUUUCAUUUAGACAGGAAAUUCUAAUCUGCACUGAUUAUCAAUGAAAUAAUCAUAUAUAAUUAUGCAUGUACUAAACUCAGGAAUUUUUCUGUCUUUAGAAGAGGUCAAAAUUCAUUGUACUUGCCUGAAGUUGGCUCAGUAUUUUUCCAGCUGUGAAAAAAAUAUUUCGGUUUUUGUUUUCAGUCAGGACUUUCUCUAUUUUAUCAGAAACAUGUAAUUUACAAGACAUAAUGUUCAAUUCAGUCCAAAGAAUGUAACUUGUUGUAGUAUCAUUGAAACACAACUUCUUUAUGAAGUUCUAAUAGGCAAAAUUCACACUAAUUUUUCAAAGACACUGAUGACCAGCAUCUCUUACAAUGUCAACAGGAAAUGAAGAUUUUUAAAUAUUUUGAUAUCUUAACUGUCUUUUUAUAACUUAAACAGUAAGUAUAUAUAGUUGCAUGUAGAAAAUGUUGCUUUCCUUAAACAUAGUUUGAUCAUAUUUGAGAUAUUGUGUAUUUCGUCAUUUUUUGUGAAAAUCUUGUAUGUAGGGUAGCCAUAUGCAAAAUUAUAUUUCUUAAAUUACAGAUGGUAAAUUUUUUUUCUUUGUAUAUUUUGUUUGAAAUAAUAUUUAGCUAAAAAAUAGAAGAGGUUACCUUAAUUGACUAGCAUUAAAUAACUGAUUUUUUUUUAAUUAAAAAAACAUGUAUUUUUGAUUAUUUGUGAAAAUUUGUGUGAUUUUUCUUGGGUAACCAUGCCUUUUAGCUUCAAAAUAUCUGUUUACUAUAGUUUGUGCUUUUAAUAUGCACUUGUUUCAUUAGAUAUAUGUAUUGUAAAUGAAAUGAAAUCAUAUAAUAAAUAAAAAGGGUGAAAAUUCAUUAAAAAAUAGUCAUUUUUGCAAAUGCACCCCUGGUACAAUUUAACGG